AUGCCCCUUCCUACUUCGCAUGGCCUCGACGGCUCUGCAUCAUCCUCAUCCUCAAGUUCGUCGUCCAAUGGGCGCGCUGGUCCCAUCUCGGUGGAUGACUUAGUGGCUAAGCAGGCAGCAGGCAACCAGCUCAAGCCCCGCUUCCUGAGCAAAAAGGAGCGCCAGGAACAAGCCGAGAAGGCAAAGAGGGAAGAGGAAGAGCAGAGAAAGGCCAGAGAGGAUGAGAGAGGACCGUACUCGUCAGGGCAUACGAAUGGCUCUUCUCUUCCCACUGGUCCCAGAGCUGAUCGACAAGCCAUGCCGCCACCUCAGCGGCCAGCAUCGGCCACUCCAUCCACGUCCUCUACUGCAGCCUCUUCCUCUUCCUCUACCUCGGAUGCCACCUUGACAGAAGCUGAGCAAGCUCUGAUUCGAGCCAAGUACCUGGGACUCAAGGAGAAGCAUCAGAAGAAGACCAGACGGCAGCUCAAUGACAAGAAGACCAUGUUCGGCUAUGACGAUAAUGAUGAUACCUCCGACACAGUCAACCCUGUAUUCCAAUCUGUGGCCCCCAUCAAGGGCCUUAAGAUGGGCGGGACCGAAGAAGAGUCUCCUCGUCUUACAGCCAGCGGGAGAACCAAUUCCAAAGCUCUUCAGACGUUCUCCUCUCCAGCUCACUGGUCACACAAGACGGUAGAAGAAAUGAAGGAACGAGACUGGCGCAUCUUCCGCGAAGACUUCGGCAUCUCUGCUAGAGGUGGUCAUAUCCCACGACCUCUGCGCUCUUGGGAGGAGUCUGAUAUCCCACAAGAGAUCCUUCAUGCUAUUCAGACGAUGGGCUAUACAGAUCCCAGUCCUAUCCAGCGACAGGCUAUCCCCAUCGGACUCAAGGAGAGGGAUCUGAUCGGUAUCGCUGAAACCGGUUCCGGAAAGACGGCCUCUUUCGUCAUUCCUAUGCUGUCAUACAUCUCACGACUACCAAGACUGGAUGAGACCAAUCGACACCUGGGUCCGUAUGCCCUGAUCCUCGCUCCAACUCGAGAGUUGGCCCAACAGAUUCAGGUCGAGACGGCCAGGUUCACCAGUGUCCUGGGUUACAACUGUAUCUCCAUCGUCGGUGGAAGGGACAUGAACGAGCAAGCUGUAGACAUGGCGAAGGGAGCAGAGAUCGUCAUUGCCACUCCAGGAAGACUGAAAGACUGUGUGGACCGUCAUGUCGUUGUGCUGGGUCAAUGCGCCUACGUGGUCAUGGACGAAGCUGAUCGGAUGGUCAAUCUCGGUUUCGAAGAGGUACUCAACUACAUCUUGGACUCGCUGCCGGUCUCGAAUGUCAAACCUGAUACCGAGGAGGCGGAACUGGGAGGUGAUGCUUUGAACGAGAAUAUGGGAGUCGUGGGAGAGGGAGGCAGAAGAUAUCGAGUGACCAUGCUCUACUCGGCCACAAUGCCCGCCAGCGUCGACCGCAUGGCGCGCAAGUACCUCCGUCGCCCUGCAACCAUCACGAUCGGUGACGCGAAUCAAGCCGUGGGCACGGUUGUGCAGACCGUCGAAUUCCUCAAUGGCGAGGACAAGAAGAAGUCUCGUCUCUACCAGAUCCUAGCCAGCGGCUUCGAACCACCCAUCAUCAUUUUCUCCACCACUCGACAGAGUGUCGACAGCUUGAGCAAGGACAUUCUCCGAAAGGGGUACAGCUGCACUACCCUGCAUGCCGGAAAGACGCAGGACCAACGAGAGGAGGCCCUCGCAGCUCUGCGCUCUGGCGAGUCUCCCAUUCUAGUCGCCACGGACUUGGCAGGAAGAGGAAUCGACGUUCCCGAUGUUUCCCUCGUGAUCAACUUUAGCAUGCCUACCAUGUUCGAGUCCUACAUCCACCGUAUUGGUCGAACGGGUCGAGCAGGGAAGAAGGGACACGCCAUCACCUUCCUGGAGAGUACGGACGAGGAGUGGUACUAUGAUCUGAAGCAGGAGUUGGCAAGGAGUCCGGUAAGCACCGUUCCGAGAGAGUUGGAGAGACAUCCGGCUUCGCAGCAGAGGAUGACUAGGGAGAUGCUCAAGAGGAAGAGGGACGAUGAGUGAGGCGACGCGGAUGACUGGGAGGGACUGGACAGUACAUCUCUUUCAUGUCACUCUCAAGCUUGAGCAAUGCAGACUAUCUCACAGAUGAACAUGGAAAGUAAGUAUCCAGAUAUGUAAAUGCGAUGCAGAUAGAGCAAAAGAGAUGAACGGUGAACAGUAGGGAGAGAGCAAUGCCGUGACGUGCUCUGCUCUUGUGUGGGUAUAAGUAUUACAGGUGAAACAAGAAGUCCUCUCCUACCCUCUUCCCUCGUCGUACCUCUCAAGCUCGGGUUCCAAGCUUCCUCUUGGCAAGGGCAGCCAUCAGUCCACUCCCACCUCCGGC